CCCAGGAGUAUGAGAGUAUUUAUAUAUGUGUAUUUGUACACAGGGCUAUAAGACCCCCCAGGAGUAUGAGAGUAUUUAUAUAUGUGUAUUUGUACACAGGGCUAUAAGACCCCCCAGGAGUAUGAGAGUAUUUAUAUAUGUGUAUUUGUACACAGGGCUAUAAGACCCCCCAGGAGUACAUAGCGACCCAGGGCCCGCUCCCAGAGACCAGGAAUGAUUUCUGGAAGAUGAUCCUCCAGGAGAAGAGCUGUGUGAUCGUGAUGCUGACGCAGUGCAGCGAGAGACGCAGGGUGAAGUGCGACCACUACUGGCCGUUCUCAGACGAGCCGGUUCUGUACGGAGAGAUCAGCGUGGAGCUGCUGUCGGAGAGCGAGGCUCCGGAGUGGAUCGUCAGGAAGUUCAGACUGGGAUACGCGGACGAGUCCCAGGACGUCCUGCACCUGAACUACACAUCGUGGCCGGAUCACGGCGUGCCGACGGUGAACGCCAUCGAGAGCAUCCUGCAGUUCGUGAGCAUCGUGCGUCAGCAGGCCGGGAGGAGCAAGACCCCCGUCACCGUGCACUGCAGUGCGGGGGUGGGCCGCACCGGCACCUUCAUGGCUCUGGACCGCCUGAUGCAGCACAUCAGAGAGCACGAGUUCACUGACAUCCUGGGUUUGGUCUCUGAGAUGAGGUCGCACCGGCUGUCCAUGGUGCAGACCGAGGAGCAGUACGUGUUCAUCCAUCAGUGUGUGCUGUUGAUGUGGCAGAAGAAGAAGCAGCAGAGCUUGACCUCAGACGUGAUCUACGAGAACGCCAGCAAGACAUAGAACCCGGAGAACCUGGAGAACCCGGAGAACCCUCCAACGCUGCGAACACGCCCACCUCCUGAGCUUCAGGCAUCCAUUCUCUGCAGAGGAACGCCCGCUUCAUCAUCACUAAACUAAACGGUGACAAAAAAAAA